CCCAACCAUGGAAUCCUCCAAACGUCCGUCUUUGUGCACAUUCAUCAUCCUAUUCUUCUUUACAUUCUUCCCUUUCAAAAUCCAAUCUUCCACUGAAUCAACCUCUUUUAGCUUCAACGAAUUCAGCUCAUAUAAUAUGACAGAGAUUAAGUUGGAGGGAGACGCAUAUGCUGAAGAUCCAUACAUUAAACUCACCAAAAGCUUUGAUCAGUUGAGCUCCGAUGGUAGCGUCGGUCGAGCCACAUAUUACAAACCAAUUCACCUUUGGGAUAAGUCUGGCAAUAUUGCAGACUUCAAAACUCAUUUUUCCUUCGCUAUGAAUUCCACCGGUAAUGAAAGCAGAGGCAAUGGAUUUGCAUUCUUCCUCGCCAACAAUGGUUCUAAACUCGAGCCUUUGUCAGGAGGCGGACGUCUUGGCCUUUUGAGCUAUACCAAUGCGCAACUUCCAUUUGUUGCCGUUGAAUUUGACACUGGCUGGAGUAGUGAUUGGGAUCCUGCAGAUGGAAAUGAUCACAUAGGUAUUGAUCUCAACUCAUUGUUCUCUGUCGUUGUCACGAACUGGACACAGGAUGAUAUAGCUAAUGGAGAAGAAAUUCAAGCUUGGAUUGAAUACAAUUCCAGCUCAAAAAAUUUAAGUGUUCUUGUAACUAAUGGUAAUGAAGAAAGUUCCACCAGUAAUAAUUCGUAUAACCUUCAUUAUAUUGUAGACUUUAGAGAAUAUUUAACAGAUGAAUGGGUUACGGUAGGCUUCUCAGCAUCCACCACCAUAGAUUUAUUCGAGGAGCAUGAGAUACACACUUGGAAUUUUAACUCAACCUUGCAAGUUGAUGAAAAUUUAGGCAACCACACUGACACACAAGGGGUCAGGCCCACUGCAGCCAUCUCCACAAAAAGAGAGAACAAAGUAUGGAUAUGGGCUGUCUUGGGUGUUAGUGGCACCCUGAAUUUGGUUUUGUUAGGUUUGGUUUGGUAUGGCUAUUGCAAGAACAGGAGAAGAAAGACAGAAAUUGGGCCAGGCAGCGCAAAUCGCCAUUUUGGGGAGACCGCGUUGAGAAAAUAAACUUUAAUUUUAGAGUAUUUAUUAUAUGAAGUCUUAAUUUUAUGUAUUAGAGAGUCUAGUUGCCAUUAUAUAUAGCUUUGUAUGUUCUCAUUAUUAUAUAUAGCUUUGUAUGCAUAAUAAUAAUAAUAAUAUGUUAUUUUAAUAAUAUAUUUAAUUUGUUUAUAUUAAGAGUAUUAUAUUAAAUUAAUAUAUAUAAAUGUUAAAUAUCUA